AUGGUGACAGUGCUUAUAGGAAAGAGAUUGAAAACGCCAGGAAAAAUUAAGCUCAGAUUUGGAAUUUGGAAUGUUCGUACUCUAACUGGUAAAGAGGUGGAAUUGGUGGAGGAGAUGCGGAAGCGCAAAAUACAAUUGAUGGGUCUGAGUGAGGUGAAGAAGAAGGGUUCAGGAAGUGUGGAACUGAAAGAUGGAUAUGUGAUGGUAUACUCAGGAGUGGUCAUGCAGAGUCGAGCGAAGGAGGGAGUAGGGGUAGUCAUGACACCGGAAGCAUUUAAUAAAGUCAGUGACUGGCAGGCAAUCAAUUCAAGAAUAAUGACUGUAGAUUUGGACCUUGAGCUAAAAGUAACAUAUGUGCAGGUGUAUGCUCCUACAGAAGACUCGAAUGUACAGGAUAAAGAGGAGUUCUACCUAUCUUUGAAUGCAGUUUUGGAAGGAGUGUGUAGUCGAGGAAGACAGGUAAUAGUUGGUGGAGAUAUGAAUGCACGAAUUGGAAACGACUGCGAACAUUCACACGGAGUAAUGGGGCCUUAUGCAGGAGAACAGAUUAAAAAUAGUAAUGGAGAGAGAUUACUGGAAUUCGGCGUAGACAAUAACUUACUCAUCGGUAACACAUGGUUUAAUCAUAAACGGAUUCACCAAAUUACAUUUGAGGCGGAAGGAAGAGCAGCUAAGAGUAUAAUAGAUUAUUUCAUGUAUAGCGCAGAGAUGAGAAGGAGAGUGACUGAUGUCAAAGUUAUUAGAGGUGCGGAACUAGACACAGAUCACAGGCUUGUAGUGAUGGAUUUGCGAAUGAAGGUACCGGUGAAAGAACGGGAAAAAAGGUACAGUAGAGUGCACGUACAAAAAUUGGAGAGUCCGCAAGUUCAAGAACUAUAUCACCAAAACAUUGAGGAAGAAUUUAGGACAUUACCUGAAGACAUUAGAGACCUGGACGCUCUAUGGGAAGAGAUUAAAAACAGAUUACUGAGAGCUGCAGAGGUAUCCUGUGGAAGGAAGAUUGUUAAUACAAAACACAAAAGAACAAAAUGGUGGAAUGAUCAUGUGAAGGAAUUGGUCAAAAAGAAGAAAGAUGCAUGGAGAAAGUAUCUGGCCAGCGGAAGCGAAGAGGAUAGGGCAAUCUACAUUCAGUAUAGACGUCAAGUUAAGAAAGAGGUGCGGGAAGCAAAAGCCAAGACCUGGGAAGAAUUUGGACAGAAUCUGGAAGAGAAAUACAAUAAAGAUAACAAGAUAUUCUGGAAAAUGGUAAAGGGGCUGAGAGGUAGAAGAGUUAAGGAGGUGCGAAGUAUACGGAAUGGAGAUGGGAUACUAGUGUCUGAGCAAAAAGAUGUUCUAGAGGCCUGGCGAAGAUACUAUGAAGAAAAAUUGUGCUGCUGA